AUGCAUUCGUUCGUGCGUUCGUCGUGUGCCGUCGUCAAAAAUUCCUUUGUGCUGAACCAGUGCGGACGUCCCGUGUUGCUGAACGCUGCUGCUACAUUCCACACGUCGAAGAUGGUGCAAAUUAAGGAAGGGGACAAGAUACCUUCAAUCGAUCUGUUUGAGGAUUCGCCCGCCAACAAGGUAAACAUUGCGGACCUGUGCUCAGGCAAGAAGGUGAUCCUGUUUGCCGUCCCUGGAGCCUUCACGCCCGGCUGCUCCAAGACUCACCUGCCCGGAUAUGUCGACAAAGCGGGAGAUCUAAAAUCAUCCGGUGCGACCGAGAUCGUGUGUGUAUCGGUGAAUGAUCCGUUCGUGAUGUCGGCCUGGGGCAAACAGCACAACGCCAGCGGCAAGGUACGCAUGCUGGCCGACCCGGCAGCGGCAUUCACGAAGGCGCUCGAGCUCGGUGCCGAUCUGCCACCGCUGGGUGGGCUACGAUCGAAACGCUACUCGAUGGUGCUGGAGGAUGGCGUGGUUAAGUCGCUCAACGUCGAGCCGGACGGUACCGGUCUAUCGUGUUCGCUGGCUGACAAGAUCAAGCUGUAA